AGUGGUUGUCCAACUAACUCGGAAAACGUCAUAGAAUCAUUAGCCUUUGAUCUUCGCGUAGAUUUGACAGGAUGAACGAAAUGAUGCUAGAACGCCGCCGUUGAAAGAUGAGAUCGUUGAGUAUUUUUGAUAGUUCUAGUCGAAGUUGUGAUAUUGAUAACUAUAUCAGUCUUUAUCGAGAAUAUCAAUAUGCAAGAUUCCACUUGAGAUAAUUGAAGAAUACUGCGAAAUGCAAGUGGUAGCAGAUAUUCGUUGGUGCUCUGUUUUCCAGUUCGCGCUCCUUAGUUCCAUUAGUUAAGAAAUAAGAAGGAUCAAAAGUAAAUAUCAGAUGCAUUGUCAACCGUUCUUGGAGUUCUAGUUGUAGAAAAUGAGCUCCAAAAACAAUCCAAGAAAAGUCACUUUGGGAAUGAUCAAGGGGAAAGCAAUCACUACAUCCGUUCCUUCAAUCCGUUACCAUGCCAGCGAUGAUGAACUGGAGGAGUUAUACCCCAGUUCAGAGGACGACAAGCAGACUCCAGAAUCAGAAAAGUCGUCUCCCAAAAGUAGCCCUUCCAAGUGCGUCAAAGAUAAAUUCGAUGACUCAGAAUCUUUUGAGAGUAGUUUGGAAAGACGAUCAGCCAGUAUGGAUGAAAAUUUAUCCGAAGGAACUCCACCUUCGGAUCCUUGGAAAAUGCUUUCAGAUAUCAGGGGAAAAAUUACAAAAACUUUUGAGGAGAAGCUUUCCGAGAUUAAAAGCGAGAGGAAAAAGAAAAAAAAACGUCGAAGUAGAGAUAAUUCUAGCGUAAGUGAUUCCGAAAAUGUAGGGGACCUCACUCCUACGGAGGAAAGCACCUCUGAAAGGCAAGAGAGAGAAUCCCUUUCUCCAAUUUUACGCAGAAGGGCUAAUUCUUCUAGAUUCGUAGGUUUUUACGAAAUUGAGACUGGACUCAAAACCAAAGAUCUUGAUGAAAAAUGCGUGGAAAGCGGCAUAGAAGCUGCUGAGCAUUUUGAAGACUUUGAACACAGUGCCAACUCAUCAAAACAAAAAUCCAGAGUGGACUUUAGCAUCUCGAGGAUAGGAAGUGUUCUCAAGGAAUUUUGUCUAAACUUCUUAAGAGCUGCAAUUUCAGAACCAACAGAUGCAGAUCAGAUCUUUACCCAGUUUCUAAAUAUUCUGUUUUACCAUUUAAUCGUGUCCCUUUUUGUUCUGUUGUGUUUGUAUCUUGUACCGCUCUCUGAGCUUACGAAAGGUGUUUGCCUAGGACUUUUUGUCUCAUUUAUUUAUAGAAAAGUAUCUAGUUGGGUUAAAAAAAUUUUGACAACACCGCCAAAAAAGAAAGCCCUUGCUGUACUUGAAAUUCCCGCAGUUGAGGAAUGCGCUAUUUUGGAAAGAUUUGAAGGCUGGCUAAACGAAUUACCGUAUAGUUAUAGACCUGAAAAUUAUCACGUGGCAAGAACAAAGUCAGUGUUCUUCAGACUGGAAGGUCAAGUUCUACAAAUCAUGGAGACUAAAACGAAAAUUCCUAAAAGAGCUAUAUGGGACGAACCAAAUUACAAAGCGAAAUUCACCAAAAAAAGGGUGUAUUCCUUGGCUGGAUCGACGGUGGAGUUACUUCCAUCUGGUUUGAUUAGAAGAAGGAGGUGGAGUAAGAAGUACCCCAUUUGCAUAACUUGUAGCAAAGAUGCUUUAACGGAAUGUACCCUUCUGAAGAAUUUUUCGGAUGAUGAAACUCGACAAACUGAGACUGAAAGCGAGAAAAUUAUCAUGGAAGAAGAGGAAACUGAUGAUGAUCUAUCUCAAUCAAAAGAUAUAAAAGAUGUGUUCGAAGAUAGUCGAGAAGAAAUUGAAGACGUAAAGCAUAAGAUAUUUGUCUUUGCUAGAACUGAUCGACAAAAAGAGGACUGGUUUAGACGAUUAUCCCUCUCAUCAGGUGUAAGCAGUAAACGAAGUUCGAUAUCGUCUGCACAGGAGUUAACGUUAUCUGCAAAUUUAUCGCCAAUUGCGGCUGCGAAUGAAACAAAAAAUUCUGCACAAUCAAGUAUAUUUUCUGAAAUACCUCCAGAGAUUUCGUACACUGCUUACAUGGCUCGAUACACAGACAAUCAAUCGACUCUCACCUUAGAGUCCAUUCCAUCUUCAGUAGUAAAUGACGGAGUGUGGGUAAAUGCUCUGUUCGGUCGAAUAAUUUUUGAUAUGCAUAAGUGUCCAGAUACGAUAAACCUCAUACAAGAGAAGAUACAACGAAAGCUGUCGAACAUAAAACUUCCUUACUUCAUGGAAAGCUUACAUGUUUCUGAAUUAGUGAUUGGGCAGGGUGCCCCAAUCAUACACAGCUCAACGAAACCUGUAUUAGACGAGAGAGGAGUAUGGUUCGAUUUAGAUAUUUCAUAUGAAGGAUGUUUAACCAUGACCAUAGAAACGAAAUUAAAUCUCAUGAAGUUGAAGAGAGCGGGUUCUGUUUCUACUAAUUCGAGCUCCAACGAUGUAUUGGACUUGGAAAAAACUAAGCCAGCUCGAUCUCCGAUGUUCGAUAGUGAUGUGGAAGAUAGUCCUGAAACUUCGACUGAAGACGAAGAUAGCGCACAAUUUGCAGUGCCUAGCAUCUCGAGAGAAUCCACGCCAACUCAAUCUUCUGGUCGAAAAUUCCUGAGUAUGAUGGAUAAACUAGCAGCUAGCAAGUACUUUCAGAGUGCAACAGAACUGUCUUACGUUCGUCGAGCAAUGGAGGGCGUUUCAAAUACGGAAAUCAAGCUUAUGGUCAGCGUGUCCAGUAUUCAGGGUUGUUUAUCUGUCAACGUUCCACCACCCCCCGCCGAUCGUUUGUGGUAUGGCUUCAAGCCAGUACCCAGGAUAAGUUUAACCGCAAAACCCGCGGUUGGCGAAAAAACUUUCAACAUUGUCUAUGUUACAAAGUGGAUAGAAACGAAACUGUUAAGAGAAUUCGAAAAAAUAGUCGUUAUUCCAAAUAUGGACGAUUUGGUGAUACCACUUUGUCCUAAUUAUCCUUAUGAUUGUUAGAAUCUCUUAAAUUUUAUCCUAUAUCUAAUCUUAUGUAAAAAAAGAAACAACUUUGCCGUGAUACGCUUAUUCAAUGUGAAAAGUGAAAAGCUAAGAGAAGUUAUCAAAAUUCAAUCAAUUUUAUUGAAUUGUAAAACAAUAUAACUAUCUUUUUCAUUUUUAAAUAUCUUUACUAUAUUUUCAAAUUCAUAUAACUAUUUUUUUCUUUAUACUUUUCAGUCUUUGUUUUUUUCGUAAAUAAUAAAAAUUGAAGUUUGAUUUUGAAUCUAAAUGUAUGAAAGUAAUGAAUUUGUUUUUUAC